CAAGAUCCAAAAUGCGCCGAAAAAUUGUUGGAAGAACUGCCAACAGUGCCAGCUGCUGCAAGGCUUUCACUAGAAUCGAUUCGAAGCGAUGUGCGAAGUCUGAGUGAGAAAUUGAAGGCUGUCGGUGAAAAAAUCACUGGAAAAACCGACAGAUUUUUUGACGAAAUCAGUUGUCAUUUCGCGAAUUCUGAAGAACAUGUAGAAAAUAUGGAAGAGCGGCUGGAGCAGAUGGACAGCCUCAUAUCGUUCUUGGCAGCCUACUUUUGCGAGGAGAAAAAUCAGUUCAAAAUCGAAGAGUGCUUCAAAAUACUAUUCACGUUCACGUGCAGGCUUCGUUCCGCCUUGAAUAUUUCGAAAUUUGUGUUGCAGGAUAACGAGGCUCGUCUGAGACGGCAACAGCGCCGCGAAGAGUGUCUCAACGCAAAAAGUGCCCUGGCACACAGUUCAUCUGAGCUGGACCUGACUAAAAGGAGUGGUGCCAACAAUACAAAAACACUCUUUGAAUUACUAGAGAAGAGCGAGUAA